AUGACCGAUAUGUUGUUUGCUGUUUUAUUGACUAUAUCGUUGUUGGUGCAUGUGUCGUUGGCACUGGACCCUACUUAUGGAGCCCAAGACGCGUAUCUUGACCAUUUUAAGGGGAUUAGUUCCAGUGGAGCGUUCCAGUGUCUUACCGGCAGCAAAGUCAUAAAGGGUGAUCAGAUUAAUGAUGAUUUUUGUGAUUGCCCCGACGGAAGUGAUGAGCCAGGGACAUCAGCUUGCACAAAUCACUUUACCAAAGUUAAGUUUCCUGACGGGUGGAAAUUCAGAUGUCGCAAUAUUGGUUUUAAGUCAAAGGAAAUACCACACAAUAGAGUCAACGAUGGUUUAUGUGACUGUUGUGACGGCUCUGAUGAAUAUGGCGGUAUUGUGCAGUGUGCUAACAUUUGUGCGGAGGUGCAGGAGAAAGAGGCGGAGGAACUUAUGCUGGAAAGGGAGAAAAUGAAGCUUUCUUUAGAGGAAAAGAAGAAGAUGGUUGAGCAGGCCACAGUCAAACGGGAACAAGAUAAAGUUGCUUUAAAAGAAGAGAAAGCAGAGCUGGAAGCGGCGGAAAUUUCCCGUGAGCGGAUGUCAAGAGACCUUCCGCCGUUGGAAGACCACGAAAAGAAGGAGAAACAACGCUUAUCCGAGGAGUUCAAAAUUCUUCAAAAACACAUCCAGGAAAAUGAGGCGAAUGAGGAGGGCACAAAGUUGAAAUAUAGGGCAGGCUGCACCAAAUGGUACACAACAGUGGACUGUGGUACCAAAUCAAGCGUAACAGAUGAAAAGGGAUGUGACGAGCUAAUUCCAGGUAACGUGUCUGGUUACUGUGAAUGUGCUGAAGCAAAAACAGAUGCUACAGUGAAAUACCAAAAAAAUUGUGACCACAAACCUCUUCGCUGUUCAUUUGUUUGCAAAACGGCGGGAGAGGAAGGGACCUUGUCAAGCAGUGAGGAGCAAUACUUCGAUACAACCAAUGACCCCUCUUAUGAGUUGCCAGGGGCCAAGAAUUUACGGGCAAAAAUAAAGGACCUUGACGAAAAAAUGGACAAUCUUCGGUCCUCUAUUGCUGCUAAGGAGGCACGGUUGAAGAGAAACUUGAAUACGGAAGACAUAAUACGGACACUCGAGGAUGAAUGCUUCACUCUCGACGUUAAAGUAUACACUUACAAAUUUUGUCCUUUUAAAGAUGCUCACCAGUACUCCAAAGGAACUGAAAUUGGGAAUAGCAUAGGGAAAUGGGUACGUUUCGGUGAGAGUACCUACUCUUUGUGGUCAACCACCGAUGACCACACACACAUGUUGUACGAAGGGGGUGAUUGGUGUUGGAAUCAUGAUCAGCGAACCACGGAUGUUCGUCUGGUGUGCGGCCCGGAGAACAAGUUGUUGAAGGCUGAGGAACCGAUAUCAUGCAAAUACGCAAUGGUGUUCCAAACACCCGCUAUAUGCGAGUAA